AUUUAGCAUUUCAUCCUGACGGAAUGAAAAUUGCAGCAUGUGCAGGAAACAAAAUCUUCAUUCUCAAUACAGAGCAUGAAGAGGUACUAGCAGAAUUAACAGGACACUUGGGUCCAGUAACAGCUGCUGAGUUUUGGGAAUACAAUCGAAUUGUGUCAAUCUCUGAAGAUAGAACAUUUAAGGUGUGGGACUAUUGCAACAAAUCCUUGUUGUACCAGUCAGCAGUAUUAUCAGCUUUUCCUCUUUUGAGGCUGUACAUUGAUGUAGAGAAUAAGCACUUGGUGACAGGCUGCACAGAUGGGCAGUUGCGGGUGUUUAGUCUACUAAAGGAACACCAGUUCCGCUGCGUGGGCCAUAUUGAUCUUCAUAAAGAAAGACUCAAGUUUCUCAAUAAACUUGAAGAUCAAGGCAAAUUUGAAAAAUCGGAUGACAUUGCAUAUGAAUCCUGUACGCUUGUUGGUGGUAAGACAGAUGAUUCAAUAGAUUCAGGACUUCCAAUACUUCAUAUUCAACAAUGUGAACCUUCAUCACUAAACGAUGAAAUCUCAUUAGCAGGAAUAGCAAGACGCCUGUGGGUUUCAAGUUCCACUGCUCUGCUUUUAAUAAAUAUUGCCAAUUCCGACAUUGAGGCGGUUUUAAAUUUUAAAGACUAUGAAGACCUAAGCAUUCAAGUGGCUGGAUCAUGUGCACUGUCCAGCACUGUGAGCAGUAAGGUUUUCUGUUUGCUUGCUUCAAUGUUUGGAAACCAAAUUUCGCUUCUAGAGCUAGACACCUAUGGCCUGAGGAUAUCCCAGCACUGUGAAGUGCGACCUUGUAGAUCUGAUACUGAUUUAUCCAUUGUUUCCAGCACCCCUCUGAUAUCAGCCUCUCCACUCUGCUGUGAAGUUUUAAAGAAGCCAGCCAGUCAAAACACAAAAGCAGGUACAAAGAACUUGGUAAAGGACCAGCCGCUUGUUUUCCAUAAUAAAGUUAAAUCAUCUGGCUAUUCUGCAGCACCAAGAAUGAAAAUGUUUUCACCGAAAACUAACAGUAAGAAAACAAGUGAACCUCAAACAUGUAAGAAAAAUGUAAUUAGUGGAAUAAGAAACAACUACCCUUUGAAUGCCCAGGCACCAAGCAUCCUUCAGACACAGAUACCUUUGGCUAACAAGGCAACACAUGCCUGUUGCAUUCAAUAUUCUGGAGAUGGACAGAAAGUGGCAUGUGGAUUGUCUGACACAUCUUUGCUGGUGUUCAAUGCCAUGCUAAGUGGAGAACCUGCUGUUUUUACAGGCCAUGAUGGUGCUGUCAGUGGACUGGGCUGGAGUUAUGAUAAGAACUUGCUGGUUUCAUCUGCUGAUGACAGAACAAUGAGGAUAUGGAAUGCAAAGAGCACCGAACCUGUGCUAGUGGUGGGAAAAGAAAUGUUUUGUAAGCCUGUUCGUUUCCCCCAGUUUUACUACAUGGAUAAGUUUAUUUUGUUGUCAUCUGGAGCCGAGAUUCAUCUUCUGAAAUAUUUUCUGGAUGACAGUAAGGAUGAAAUAAAACGUUAUAAGAAAAAAAACAUUUGUAAAACAAUCCAAAACUUCCAAAUGACUGCAGCGAAGGAAAUCACUGGACUUUCUUCUGUGAAUGACUUUUAUUCCUAUAUUGUGCUUGCGGCUGGAAGUGACCGUACACUGGAAAUUUUUGAUCUAAAUGUAGGUUGUAGAGUGGCAUUGAUCCCAGAUGUCCAUUCAAGGGCAGUCCACCAAAUAUGCCAGAACAAGGGCUCAGCAUUCACCUCUCAGCAACCUGAAGCUUAUAAUCUUUUUGUGACAACUGCUGUUGGUGAUGGCCUAAAAUUGUGGGAUGUAAGAAAUCUACGGUGUGUCCGACGAUUUGAAGGUCAUGUUAAUCGUUGUCAACCUUGUGGGAUUGCUAUAAGCUCUUGUGGUCGCUUCAUUGCAUCUGGAUCUGAAGAUAGAUUUGCAUAUAUUUAUGAAAUGCGUUCCAGUACAUAUUUGCAAAAGCUCUCGGGGCACACAGAAUCCGUCAUCAGUGUAGCGUUUAAUCCAUCUUCGUCACAGCUAACCACAGCUACGUUGGAUGGAAAACUCCAAACAUUUGUUUCAUGACUGGACUUCUUCAGCCCUGGCAUAAAGAAUGUGCAACUAUUUGUAGUUUAUUUUGUAUAUUUACACUUUCAAUCAGUAAAUGAAAUGCUAAUUAUUUGUUUUUGUUUUGAAUGUGAAUAUAGCAAACCUAUGAAUGGAAAAAUAAAAACUACCUGAAGCUUACUUGCAACUAUUCUGAGAUAUCCAUUUCAUUGUAUACAUUAGUUCACAUUUUUGGCCAUAAAAUAUGACAAAAUACAUAUCUCUGGUAACUGAAUUGCAGUUUGCCAUGUGAAAAUUG